AAUGUUUGGUGUUAGAAAAGUGUGUGCUUUCCAUGCAUUGUUUGCGACGAAGGAUCAAAAGGAGGGUAUGAGUGCUUUCGUAGAGAAGAAGCCGAAGUUCUCGAAUUUGCGAAAACCUAGCUCUGAGAUGUGGUUUAGUUUCGAGCCUACGACACUAGUCUGGCUCCUGUUUCCAAGUUGAAAUCCUCCGAAUCAUCUGAUCCAACUCAUACCCAAGAAAUACACCCCAACGCCCGCCAUAACUCGCCUCGCAAAAGGUGAGCCGGGUUGAUGAGGACGUGAUUGGUUGAGUGCGCAGAGACCAACACUCGCUAAAGCAAUAGUUCCGAUGUUCUCGCACGAGAGGCAGUCCUGGUAUUGUUCUUGAGCCGGAGAUUGGGCUUGGUCUUGAUGCGGAUGCUG